AUGUUUCUGCUCCGACUACUCAGUUUCUUUGUCUUCCUCCCUUUCCUCACGUCAACAGUCACUCUAGCCCAGUCCACCACCUCGACAGGCCUGACAGUCUCCUCCUCUGCCCUUGCCGACAUUGAGAAUCUAAUCAGCGGCGCAAAGACGCUGCUCAGCACCGACAGCAUCAACAACAUCGAGACCACUUUGACGGGGGCAGCCACAUUGCUGAGCGGCACAACGGCCAAUGACACAAAGACAUUAUUGACCGAAGUCAGCGCUUUGCUAUCUCCGGAACUGGUCUCUGCGGUUGGUCAGCUCGUUACUGCUGAUACAGUCAAUAAGUUGGGGGACAUCGUGAACAAUGCGCAUACAUUGUUGUCGGCGGAGUUCGUGAAUCAAACGACCACCUUGAUUAAUGAUGUGACGCCGCUUGUGGACGAUUUAUCAAAGGUAUUAGGAGGUCUGCUAUCAGCACUUUUGGGCUAA